AUGGACAGGGCGGAGAGUGGAGCAUUCGGAACGCCGAAGGGCGAGGCCGAGUUCAAGGAUUGGUAUUGGAAGACGCAGCUUGGAAAAUGCUAUUAUCGCCUCGGUCUCUUCAAAGAAGCCGAAAAACAGUUCAUUUCAUCACUGGGCAAUCUACCGACCGUUGAAACGUAUGCGUUGGUCGGGAAACUCUACAAUCGUCUCGACCAGCCGCUAUUGGCUUUAAAUUACAUGCGACAAGGCCUCGAAAAAUUUAGCAGUGACGUGACGUUGACGACUUGGAUCGCACGCACAAAUGAGCUGCUUGGUAAUAUGGAUGAGUCGAUCGAUCAUUACAAAGAGGUGCUUAGCAACCAAGCUAAUCAUAUUGAAGCUAUCGCAUGUAUAGCUACGAACUACUUCUAUUCGGAUCUGCCGGAAAUUGCGCUUAGAUAUUACCGUCGCAUUCUUCAAAUGGGAGUUAACAAUGCGGAAAUCUUUCUGAACGUCGGGCUUUGCUGUUUUUACUGCCAACAAUUCGACCUCGCUAUCGCCUGCAUCGAGAGGGCCCACGCGAUCGCUUCCCAAGAUAUUCAGGCGGAUGUUUGGUAUAACACAGGCCAUAUUGCACUUGCGAUUGGUGAUGUGAAGAUGGCCGACCGAUGUUUCCAGUUGGCGCUCACUUGCGACCCGGAACAUGGGGAAUCUCUUUGUAAUCUGGGUAUUUUGAGGCUACGUGAAGGCAAAAUCGACCAAGCAAAGUCAUGUUUCUACAACGCCCGCACGAAGGCACCACAUCUCUUUGAGCCGUAUUUCAACAUAGCACUGCUUGCUCAUCAGUCGGGCCGAUAUUCGGAGGCGCUCCAGAACGUGAACAAGUCGCUCGAAAUCUUUCCGGAGCACGACCACUCCCUCACUCUUCGAAAGCAUAUCAUGAUCCUGUAUACGAUGAUU